AUGACUUUUUCAUUUUGCAUCUCCAAUAAAGUGUCCUUUUUGCAUGUUCAGGUGAUUUGCCUGCGCAAUUCGCCGCGUAAAGUCCUUGGCAUGCAUAUCGUCGGUCCGAAUGCGGCCGAGAUCAUCCAGGGUUAUGCUGUAGCACUGAAUGCUGGCAUCACUUUCGAGCAACUAAAUGAUACGAUAGCGAUUCAUCCGUGUAGUUCAGAAGAAUUCAUAAAAAUACACAUCACUAAACGAUCGGGUCUGAGCCCAAAAGUGCAAGGAUGUUGUGGAUGA